GCGCAGUACGCGCGUGCGCGCGCGCACACACAAUUUCAGCAUCUCCUCACUGAUCACAAAGGGACCUCUAGGGAGACGCGCCGCGCGUGACCGCGUCCUCUGCGCUCGUGCUGCUGCAGACAGAGACAGACAGACGGGCAGGUGUGUCGGUGAGCGUCGGUCUGUCGGUCAGUGGCGGUAGGAUGCGCGCGGUGGAGAGCGGCAGCAGCAGCAGCGGCUCGCGGUGAUCGUCGGGUUGGUACCGAGAGGCGGAGCAGAGAGCAGCCGCAGCGGAGCGGCGCGAGGAGCAGACCAGAGACAUGAGCUCCAACUGGGGCACCGAGCUGUGGGAUCAGUUUGAUAAUCUGGAGAAACACACCAGCUGGGGAAUUGACUUCCUGGAGAGAUACACCAAGUUUGUUAAAGAGAGAGCUGAUAUUGAGCUGAGCUACGCCAAACAAAUCAGGAGCCUGUCUAAGAAGUACCACCCUAAGAGAAGCAGAGAGGAUGAGAGCAGGUACACCUGGUGUUUGGCAUUUGCGGCGACUCUCCGUCAGCUGAAUGAAGUUGCAGUUCAGAGAGAAGAACUUGCCGACAACCUGAACACACAGAUCGUCUGUGAGCUGACACGAUACACUCAGGAGCUGAAGACUGAGAGGAAAACACAUUUCCAAGAUGGCCGCCGUGCCCAGCAGCACAUUGAGAGCUCAUGGAAACAGCUGGAGUCUAGUAAACGUCGUUUCGAGCGUGACUGUAAGGAGGCUGAGCGAGCUCAACACGUCUCUGACAGAAUCGACCUCGACAACAAGACCGAUGGAGAAAAGCGCUGCUCACUGAAGGCUCGUCAAACAGCUCAACAGAAACAACAAGCUGCUGAAGAGUCAAGGAAAGACUAUGUGACCAGCUUAAACCAGUUCAACCAGGACCAGCACCAGCACUAUCACACGCUGGUACCAGUUAUAUACCAGCGUAUCCAGGACAUGGAGGAGCGGCGGAUUGAGAGAAUCUGUGACGCGAUGCGUUUGUCAGCAGAGGCUGAGAGAAAAGUUCUUCCUGUUGUGAGUCGCUGUCUGGAUGCCAUGAUGGAUGCUGCUGAGAGCAUCCAGCCCAGGAUGGACACCCGUCAGGUGGUGGAGGUGUAUAAGUCGGGUUUCGACCCUCCAGGUGAUGUAGAGUUUGAAGACUACAGCGCCACCAUGAGGCGGAGCAUCUCUGAAUCCAGUUACCUCGACAACCGAACUGAGGGGCGGAGACACAGCAGGAAGCUGUGGCCCUUCAUACGAAAAAAUAAGCUAUUGACCCUCCUCUCGUCCCCCCGGCAGCCUCCCCCUCCACCCCCAACCUCACCUUUGCCGGGGGGCGUGAACAACAGUUCCCAGUCCCCACCCCUUGCUUCCAGAGAACCAAUAACACAGCGGCUGAAUGACCUCAUGACCUCUGGCUCCAGAACCAGGAAGCAGUGUCUGCGCAGCCUCAAGAGAGGGCUGUCACUCAAACUGGGCUCCAGUCCUGCAGACUGCAGUCACCUUCCUCCUGAGCAGAGACGAAAGAAACUUCAAACAAGAAUCAACAACAUCAACCAGGAGAUUCAGAGAGAGAGGGAGCAGAGAGAUGCUCUGUUGAAGAUGAGGGAGGUUUAUGAACAGAGUCCUCAGAUGGGCGAUGCCGGGAGUUUGGAGCCUCGACUGGAGGAAGUGAAGCAGAGUCUGCAGAGACUGGAGGACGAGCUGAGGAGGCAUCAGGCCUGGCUGUUGGAGGCCGACAGCAGACUCUCUGAUCACAGCACUAGAAGACAGAGUGGAGGUUGUGGGUUAAAUUCCCAGGCAACGACGCCAGGCAGCAGCAGCCUGAAACAGCUGGACAACCGUAGCCCAGCUAGCAGAGAGAGUCCUGACGGCAGCUACACUGAGGACCACAGUGCUGAACUUAAUUUUAAGUCUCGUAGUUCAGAGUUUGAUGACGAGUUUGAUGAUGAAGAACCGUUACCGAGUAUCGGCACCUGCAAGUCCCUUUACCCGUUUCAAGGUCAGAAUGAAGGCACUCUGUCGAUGGUGGAGGGAGAACUACUUUCUGUGGUGGAAGAAGAUAAAGGAGAUGGUUGGACCAGAGUUCGGAGGAACCUGGAGGAAGAGGGCUACGUCCCCACAUCGUACAUCAAAGUCUUCCUGGACAGCAGCGCCAAAGGCUAUGUGCAGAGUAGUCGUCUAGUCUAGCGCAGUAAUCGACCAGAGGACAUCUCGCCACAGGAAGUGAUGUAAAGGAAAGAGCUCAGAGGAAGUCCGGUAACAGCUUUUCAUUGGACAGUUUAACUUUUCCCAUAUCUCGUCCAAGCAGCUGACAGACGGCUAUUCACACCUGACGGACGAAAACUAAAAAAAAUCAAUCAGAGAUCGGACAUUAGACAGGUCCCACACAGAGAUCAGAUGUUAGACAGGUCCCACACAGAGAUCAGAGGUCAGAGAUUAGACAGGUCCCACAUAGAGAUCAGACAUUAGACAGGUCCCACACAGUCCCAAGCUUCAGAAACACAUAGGAAAUAUCUAAAAUAUGUAAAUGAAACAGUCUAGUUUCUGGAUUUAGGCUUUCAAGCCCUGAGUCUGAGUCUGUAAUAUUUCUGAUUCAGAGUUUUAUCAAGACACAUAAUCUUUAUUAUUGAUUCAUCACACUGAGUCUGUAAACUCAAACUGAAAUUUUAAACUUUGAUCAGUUUUGAUCACAAGAGGGACCAGAUAAUCAAUUAAUCACCAUGUUUGAUUAUGGUUCAAACAUCAGGUGUCACAUGAUGAAGUUUUCACAUCUGAAUGAAACUGAUUAGUUUAUCAAUCAGUAUCAGUAUUACCUAACUAACCGUUCCACUUUACACUGUAAAAUGUUAUAAAUGCUACAAGAUGUUUCUACACUGUAAAAACCAGAUGAUUCUGCACUGUAAAACAAAAUGGAGGUCUUCACAGGUCCACCUGAACCCGAGGCCCAACCUGGAAUCUGUACAGGUUUGAGUCCUGUUACCUAUGGUCAUACAGGUCCAGGUCAGGUCCUGGUCUUUUGCAGUUGUCGAAUGCCCCUGUUUAGGAUGUGAAGGGUCAGAGGUCAGACUCUAUUGCUAACAUUAGCAGUAAAGUUUAUUUAUUAUUCUGAAACAACAGAGCUCUAAAUGAGUUUUAUUUGUCGUUGGUCACCAUGACAGGAAAUUGACGUUUAAUCUAAAAUGUUGUCCUGUGUUAGUCAGCAGGAAGAAGGAACUUUUACCAUUGUUCCUAUCAGGAAGAGAUUAUCAUCAGGUCAGGUGACCCCGGCCAGGUGUGCUUGGGUUCAGUUUUCAGUAAUAGACUGGCCCGGUUUGAGUUCUGGGGAGUACAUUUACAGUCUUCUUGGGUUUGGACCUGUGAAAACCUCAACUGUCAUCAUGACAGGAAUCAUUCAUGUAGGAGAUGAAAACAAACUAAAUCGUGAUGUUCUGAUCAAAUCUAUUUUACUUUUCAUUUUUUGAGUCCAGAGCGAUAAAUUAGUUUUUGUUGUGAUGUUAAAACUGACUCUCUGUGAUUCAUCAGUUUGUUUUUCAGAUUCACUGACAAACUGACCUGAGAUCAGCAACAAACUGUAAAAACAAAAUAUUUAAAAUUAACGUUAAUGUUUGAAAGAAAAAUUACUGCUCAUUACAGCAGUGAUGUCACCGUGUCCUCCAGUGAUGUCACCGUGUCCUGCUGGGUAUGCAGUGACAUCACACUGGGUGUGGUCAGGGUGUGUGCAGUUCAAUCUGAUGUGAAACAUUUUAAACUUUAAACUGAACUUUAAAGUCAAAAUGUGAAGAGUGUGUAAAUAUGAACUGUAGCUGCACAGGUGUAGCCGUGCCCCCAGGUAUAGCCCCGGCCCCGCAAACAUGCUAACCCUGCCCCUCAGAUCUAACCAGCCUGUAAUAGCCCCGCCCCCUGCUUGUUGAUCAAUGAUCAUGUUAUUGAUUGAUUGUGUGAAAUGUGAAACUUUUUUAUUUUAUAGUGAGAUAUUGAUUUAUUGAUUUUUUUAUUGAGACGUGAGACUGCUGAUCACGCUCUUUUCAACUUCCUGUAUGUUAAACUUUCAAAAUAAAGUCUGUUCUGAAUCAAACACUGAGUGUGUCUGUUA